AUGGCAGUCGAUAGAGCCGGAGCCGGAGCCGGGAACCUGGGACAUUACGACACGAUCGUUCUGGGUGCAGGAAUUGCGGGACUCGCAUUUGCAUCCCGACUGCUUCAGGCAAAUAACACCGAGAGCGGUGCCAAUCGACUACAGAUACUAGAGGCACGGGACCGCAUCGGUGGCCGUAUAGCUUCUGUUCAUGUUCACGACUGCCGCUUGGACACCGGCGCGAAUUGGAUCCAUGGAACCGGCAAUACAAAGAGACCAAAUCCACUCAUGGACAUUCUUCCACACAAGCGAUACAGAACGAUGAAAGGGUCUGUCUUGUUCCAGGCACCAAAUGGAGAGCACGAUUUCACCGGGAAGAAUGGCGGGAUCGCCGGAGGAUGCUUGAAGGAAGUCAGCCUGGAUGGAGCAGCACACAGGACAUGCCCUGCAACGGCAAUUACGAGUACAAACUCCGAUGGCGGCUUAUCGAUUCCUGCUCAUGAGGCUGGACUGAUCUUGUCAUGCCUACAUAACGCAAUUGGCGAAGUGCAAGACCUCGCUGCUACAAUUCCGACAAAAGCAGCAAAGCACAUGUCCAUCCUACGAGCACUGGUGGGCACAAAGGCUUUUCAAGACGCAUUUGAGCUUGUGCCGAGAGAGUGCCAUCGCACAUUAGGCGCGUUGUUUCAAGGGAUAGAAAGUAUGGAGGCUGCUCCGCUUCUUGCACAAACCACGGAACCCGGACGUCCCGAGAGCGAGCCUGGCCUCGGACUCCUAGAAUACGCAGUGGACGAUUUCGAGGGCGAACAAGCCUUCCUCCAGGACGGAUAUGUCGCGAUCAUUGACGAAAUUGCCAAGCCACUGGUGGAGACUGGCGCUAUAGCGCUAGAAGCCGUUGUAACGCGAGUCGACUGGACCGGGAGCCCCAUCGUCAUUGAAACCAGCCGAGGAAACUUUACCGCGAGAGAAGUGGUCUGCACAUUACCUUUGGGUGUGCUGAAAGACAGUGGCACGAACGCACUGUUUGUGCCGAAUUUACCAGCCGACAAGCAAGAGGCGAUAGAAGGUCUUGGCUUUGGCACGCUUGAUAAGGUGUUUGCAAUCUACACUAGGCCAUGGUGGAACUAUGAACCUUAUAGCUCUGUCAUCAAGAACGCACUCAUUCAAACGGAGAUUCGGGGUGAGAACGAUUUGCCUGAUUCAUUUCUGGGCUUCGCAUCAGAAUUGAGCGGUAUCUCAGUCGGUCACGACGGCUCUGUGUCUCCCGAUGUGUAUCGACUGCCGGUCAUAAACCUUCACACCUUGACAGGUCAACCUGUCCUCUGCGCUUUUGUCUCUUGCAAUACUGCUACUGCAAUCGAAGGAAUGAAGGACGAAGACGUUAGUGGACUGUUCCAUCGAACUCUUACCCAGUGGUUCGGCAUUGAGCCGCCACGGCCAGAUGCUGUACAUGUCACGCGGUGGGCACAAGACCCUUACUCAAGGGGUGCCUACAGCCACAUGAUCACUGGCCUAUCUGAAUUCAGGCAUAGAGAGACCCUCCAAGAGCCUAUAAUUAAUGAAAUGGGCGGUGUGCUGAGAUUUGCUGGCGAACAUUGCUCUCGAGAUCAUUUUGCAACGGUUCACGGCGCCCUGCUAGACGGCUGGAGAGCAGCGGAUAAAUCGUUGCAACAUUCGCAAUAA